AUGGCCGAAACGGCAACAAACCUCUCUGAAAAUGCCACCACAGAACCCACACCUGUUGCAGGACAAAAAAUCAAUUCAUUUAAAGUGGGGUGGCUCUUUGUGCAUGAAUAUUAUACCAUCUUAAACAAAGAACCAUGGCGUCUACACUGCUUUUACGGGCGCAAUUCUAUCCUCAUCCGAGGUAAUGAAGGUCAAAAAGUCAUGUCGAGUGUGGGCGAGCAGGAAAUACGAGAGAAAAUCAAGCAACUUAACUUAGACAAUUGCCGCGUUCUUGUCACUAACGUGGACAGUCAGUCAUCUCUUAAUGGCGGAAUAGUUGUUCAAGUUCUUGGUGAAAUGAGUAAUGGGAACGAAGAAACUUCUAGAAAGUUUGCUCAAACUUUCUUCUUGGCCGAGCAACCAAAUGGCUAUUACGUAUUGAACGAUAUUUUUCGAUUUCUGAAUGAAGAUGAUGAUGUAAAUUCUGAAUGUGAUGAAGUCGAUGAAGGUGCCAUCGAAGAGUCUGUGGGAAAUGAAGGGGGUGAGGAAGACAGGGGUUCUUCACCUACUGGCACUCUUGUUGAAGAACCUAUUAAUGUCCCCACUAUAAUCGAGGAAGAGAGUGUCGUUACACAUACGCGUGAACCUAAUGCGUCAGAGGUGACAACUAAUGCUCCAAACAUUAAUGAAACAGAAUCUGUCUCCGAUGCAUCUUUGUCAUUAAUGUCAGCAUCCGUUUCUGAAGGGCAACAACCUAACUCAUCUCUAGUAGCGUCUAAUGAUACUUUAAACGCUUCCUCUGAUAAAUCUCAAGGCACUCAAGUUGCAGUCGGUUCACCCUCGGUUCAUGCGAACAAGAUUCCGGUUACGAACGUGGCGGUUAAUCCUCAACCGGUUUAUCCCAAAGCAUCGGUUCCUAAUGUUCCGAUCGUAAUGCCUUUUGCAAAUCAAGCAUCAUCAACUUAUAUUAAUCAACAACCGGUUGCUACAAUGGUUAAUGGGCAAUAUCAAAAUAUUAAACAAACUACCAAUGGUCAAAUUGGCAAUGCAUCUCCUACUUAUGCUCAACGUUCUAAUACACCCAGACCACAAACAGUUGGAAGUGGCCCAGCAUAUACUCAAACAUCAGGUUCUAGAACACAAGCAGCUGGAAAUAGUCCAGCGUUUGCGCAACAAUUACAAACUUCUAAAGUUGCGUCUCAAACAGUUCCACAUACUGUAAAUGGUUUACAUACAUCCGCUCCUCGAUCAAUUUCCCCGGUUUCUCAACGAUCUGUUUCUCCAGUUGGAAAUGAUCAUAAACCAGUCCAAAAUAUCGUCAAUAGUGAUCCUGGAGUUGUCAAUCAAUUGACUUCUCUUGAAAAUGGUCAACCUGCUGUUGUUAAACCAGCAGUGAAUAUUUCGGAUAAUUCUGAAACUGCUUCUGUGAAACCGGCAUCAAAUGUCGUGAAUGGUGAAAAUCCUUUAUCUAAAUCAACAUCUAACGUCACUAAUGGUGAAUCUGCUCCUGUGAAAUCAGUAGUUAACGAUGAAGCAAUCACUCACACAAAUGUUCAAAGUGGUUCUGACUCUAAGAAAAUUGGUACUUCUACAGUUAACACUACUAACGUAAAAGAUGAGUCGGCGACUAAUGCCGCCCAGUCUUCCGGCACAAAUCAACAAGUAACUCAACCUCCGCCAAAGCCACAAGGACCUCAAACUUGGGCAAGCACCCUCUUCAAAAGUAGUGGCAGCACGCAAACCGAAUCUAAGCCUCAAAGUGUUGCUGCAACACUUCCUGUUCAAAAGAUACAACAAAAGCCGGCACCUCAAAAUUCAUAUCCGCAACAAGCUCGGGACAACAGAAAUUUCCGCCAAGAAGGUCCAAGAGGAAACAAUCGCCGCAACAAUACGAACUUUUCUAUCUAUGUUAAAGGGAUCAAUUCAAAAGUGCCCUACGAGCAAUUGAAAUCCUCACUCAGUACUUUUGGACAGAUUAAACAUCUUGAUAUGGUUUACAAUAAAUCUUGUGCAUUCGUCGUAUUUGCUGAUGAAGAAUCGUACAAGGAAUGUCUUAAUCGUCACACUCUUACUGUUGCUAAUCAAAAUUUAAUCUUCGAAGAGCGCCGCCCAUCUCGCAAUAAUGUUAAUCGUGGUGGCAAUAAUAAACCGCCUCAUGAUUUAUUUACCGAAGUUUAUCAUAUAAAUGAAAGAAUGAUACCGGACAUACCAAGAAACGAAGAUCCGGUUAGUGAUCUUUCAACAAACAAUAAUAUAAACUUGAUGGCUAAUAACUUGCAAGCUACAGUAGAAUAUCCUGAAGAUAAUGGCGACGAUUAUAAUGAAACAAGUACACUACUAACGUCUGAAGAAAGUAGUUUAACUGCUGGAGGCGAUGACCAAAUAGUUAUAACGAGAGAGCUGAAUAAUAAAAAAAAGGAAAGAUCGAACCUAUGCACUCUAACAAACUUUAUUAGAUUAGUUUUGUUAAUGUUGUUUAUCACGCUUGUCGUUGUUCUUUUGGCUAUCAAUAAUAAGUAUAGCGGCAGGGUUCCUAUUCAAGCCUCCAAUACUAGCAGGACUAGUCAUUCUAAUGGGGGACAAAUUGAAAAGAGGCCAUCAUUUUCCGAAUUUAAUAAUGUUAUUAAUAAUGUUAUUGCCGAAGAAGGAUGGAAAAUUGUUCUCAUGCUACGAUUGUCUCCACUUCCAUUUAAUUUGGUUAGUUAUAUUUUCUCAGUUAGUACAGUUGAUUUUCUAACUUUUUUGUGGGCAACCAUCCUUGGAGUUAUACCUGGUGCGUUCAAUGCGGUAUGGAUAGGAUCACUAGUCCAGAGUCUUAGUAAGCUUGACGAAUAUAAACUGAAAGAUGAAGAUAUUGUGAUCAUCAGCAUGAAUUUUAUCUUUGUUGUAUGUUGUGUGGUUGCAUUAUCAAUAUUCGGAAAACGAUCCCUACGAAAAGCUAUUCUGAAACUUCAGGCAUCAAAAGAAUCUACUAAUCCUCCUUUACCUCCAAUACCGCUUCCAACGACUGAUGUGGACGUGGAAGAAGUACAACCUUUAAAUUCUAGUAGUGGUCAAUUCACACGAGUAGAACGAAUUAUUCUCUAUAUUAUUGGUGUGAUAACUCUUCUUAACAUCGUGGUCAAUGUAUCAUUAUACUAUUAUUUCAAGUCGCGUAAAGACACGGGUCCUGAUUCGCUUCUUCUUCACUUCGAUGCUAUACUUCAUGGCUAG